GUUCGCCACCACCAUCACCACCACCACCACCCUCAGUAGUUGAGCCGCGUCCCUCGCGUGCGCGCACCCACGUACUACACUACACACACGUACAUCUCGCACCGCGCCACCAACCGCGUGCCGCCCGUCUAUAUAUCCUGCCCGCGCCGCGCCAGCCCCUGCCACUGCCACUGCCACUGCCACACUCCCUCACACUCGCCAGUCACCACCUGAACCGAGCUCACCGGAGCGCCACCAUGGAGCUGCUGCCGCUGCUGACGGUGCUGCUGCUGGCGCACGCGGCGGCGUACCUGGCCUGGCAGGCCAUGGCGCGCGCGCGGCGGGCGCGCUGCUACCUGCUCGACUUCGCCUGCCACAAGCCCUCCGACGACCGCAAGGUCACCACCGAGAUGGCGGGCGCCGUCAUCGAGCGCAACAAGCGCCUCGGCAUGCCCGACUACCGCUUCCUGCUCAAGGUCAUCGUCAACUCCGGCAUCGGCGAGCACACCUACUGCCCGCGCAACGUGCUCGACGGCCGCGAGGAGUGCGCCACCCACUACGACGCGCUCGAGGAGAUGGACGCCUUCUUCGACGACGCCGUGCGCGCCGUGUUCGAGAAGACGGGCGUGUCGCCGCGAGACGUGGACCUGGUCGUGCUCAAUGUCGGGUCCUUCUCGCCGGCGCCGUCGCUGGCGGCGCGGGUCGUGGCCCGGUUCGGGAUGCGGGAGGACGUCCAGGCGUACAACCUGUCCGGCAUGGGGUGCAGCGCGGGCCUCGUGUCCGUGGAUCUCGCGCGGCAGGUCAUGCUCACCCGCCCGCGCACCAUGGCGCUGGUGGUCACCUCCGAGUCCUGCGCCCCCAACUGGUACAACGGCACCGACAAGUCCAUGAUGCUCGGCAACUGCCUCUUCCGCUGCGGCGGCGCCGCCGCGCUGCUCACCAACGACCCGGCCUACCGGUCCCGGGCCAAGAUGGAGCUGCGCUGCCUCGUGCGCGCGCACAUCGGCGCCCACGACGACGCGCACGCCGCUGCCGUGCACUGCGAGGACGCCGACGGCCGCCUCGGGGUCAGCCUCAGCAAGGCGCUCCCCAAGGCCGCUGUGCGCGCCUUCAGCGAGAACCUCCAGCGCCUGGCGCCGCGCAUCCUGCCGGCCGCCGAGCUCGCGCGCUUCACCGUGCGCCUUCUGGCGCGCAAGCUCAUGCGCCGGAAGCUCAAGUUCGAGGGCCCCAAGAUCAACUUCAAGACGGGGGUGGAUCACUUCUGCCUCCACCCCGGCGGGACGGCGGUCAUCGAGGCGGUGAGGAAGAACCUGGGGCUCAACAGCUACGACGUCGAGCCGGCGACCAUGACGCUGCACCGGUGGGGGAACACGUCGGCGAGCAGCCUGUGGUACGUGCUGUCCUACAUGGAGGCGAAGCGGCGGCUCAAAGCAGGGGACAGGGUGCUCAUGGUCACCUUCGGCUCCGGGUUCAAGUGCAACAGCUGCUACUGGGAGGUUAGCAAGGACCUCGACGACGCCGGCGCCUGGGAAGACUGCAUCGACGACUACCCGCCGGAGACCAUGGUCAACCCCUACACGGAGAAGUUCGGAUGGGUCAACGACCUACAGGGCCAGGGAGGCGCCUUCCCAUUCUAACCUCCAAUGCUUUGAUUUUACUUUGGAUCCUAAAUUAUUAUUGAUUAUUUAAAGAGUUAAAGGCAAACUCGUAGAAAAUUAUUUUAAAUCAAGGGGGUAUGUGUAUGGUGGUCUUUUUUUUCGUUUACGAUUUUUCUGUUCGUCCUGUUGAUACGAACUUACACUUGUAAAUAGUUAGCCCGCAUAUGUGUAUGUACGAUUGUACGUGGAUCCACACGAUGGAUCGUGUUAUGAACAAAAAGAUGUUCGGUUAUACUUAGAUGAAAUAAAAAGUAAAAACAGAGUGUGCACAAGAAAA